AUGGUGAUCCGAAUCGGUGCUGGUGAGGCGCAGAAGGCAUUGGAAGACAAGAAGGGUGGGCAAGAGGGGAAGGAGACCAACGUAGGCUUCAGCAGAGACGCCGCGGGACGCCGAGACCACAGGUGCGGCCAGAUCCCAAAGACCACUGUCUGGCGGUGGGCCGUGGUCAAGGACAUGGGUCAAUGCGGCUCUUCAACGCAUGCGCGCAUCGAGCAAUGCGACGUGCCGUGGUGCGGAAAUUGUAGCCACUGUUCGACGGAUGUCAAAUGUUCGGUGCUCGCCGUCACGUCGAGCGAAUUAUUGCCGCCGCAGAUCGCAUCCAACGGUGAAUAUGACGGUGCUACUAGCUACAACGGCGCCAGCUUCGAGGAGCGGCUGGCAUGGCGUCCGGUCGUGGUGGUAGUAGGGCGGGGAAGAUCAAUCUGUGGGCUAGCUCGGUCGCACGCCAAAUGGGAAAUGCGCCAGUGGCGCAUACUAGCGUACAAAAUCAUCGAUAGCAGGCUUCGUGGACGUCCAUACAAUCCGCUCACCGCUAAUUGUCAAGUGCGGAUUUACGGCGUGCAUGGUAUUCUAUGGGCACCGCUCCUGGUUGUCUGGCGCUUGUGA